UUCGCCAAUCUGGUCACAUUAAUUGAAAAAAAAGAAAUUGAAAAGAAAAUUGGGAAAAAGUUCAAUUAUCCUGCUCUCUGAUGGCGCCCUUUAAAAGAGUGCGCCAGCCGAAAGUCACCACACAGGCUUUGCUGGACUUCGACCUGGGCGAAAGCUCAUCAGACAGCGAUUUCCUGCCUGACAUUGAUAACUGCUCCGAUGGCUCAAAGGACGAGAGCGACGGAGACGGCAGCAGCGACGCAAGCAGCGGAUCGGGCUCUGACGAGGACUCGGAUGCUGAGAGCGAGGACUCGACGCUGCAGCUUCGCCAGCUGCUGGCUGAAAGCGAAGCUGCGGGCACAGCGGCGCCUCCCCACGAAAAUGGCAUCAAUGGGAUCGACCAUACUGCGGUCGGAACCAUUCGGGCCCCACUGCAGCUAUCCAGUGCGCCCGCGAAGCGGAUGUGCUGCGUUUGCCUAGGCGAACGCAGCGACGACGUCAACGAGAUCGUCGAGUGUGACUCCUGUGGCGUAUCGGUGCACGAGGGCUGCUACGGCGUCAGCGAUAAUGUGAGCAUCUCCAGCACCAACUCCACCUGCUCCACGGAGCCGUGGUUUUGUGAGGCCUGCCGCGCUGGAGUAUCGGAGCCCGACUGCGAGUUGUGCCCCAAUAAAGGCGGUAUCUACAAGGAGACGGACGUCGGAAAGUGGGUGCACCUCAUCUGCGCCCUGUACGUACCUGGAGUGGCCUUUGGCGAGGUGGAGCAAUUGUCCUCGGUUACACUUUUCGAGAUGCAAUAUAGUAAGUGGGGCGCCAAGGUGUGCUCCCUAUGCGACAAUGCGCUUUUCGCCCGCUCCGGCGUCUGCAUCGGCUGUGAUGCUGGCAUGUGCAAGACGUACUUCCACGUGACCUGUGCACAGGUCGCCGGCUUCCUCAUUGAGGCGCAUCACGAGGACGAUGCAGCCGAUCCGUUUUACGCCCAUUGUAAGGUGCACUCUGAAAAGGAGAUGAUCAAGAAGCGGCGCCGAAAUUACCACACCCUCCGUCUUAACAUGUUGCAGCGAGCCAGGGAAAAGGAGGCGAAGACAACUGGACCCAACGAGGAACCCGAUCCAAAUCCAGCCCAGGCGAGAAUUCAGCGCAAGCUACUUAAAAUCCAGCACAAAUACGCUCGGCACAAGGAGCUCAAGCCCAUUCCGUGGGUACCCACACAGAAGAUGUCGCGCUUGCUAACCACCUCCGCUUCGGCCUGCCGCCGCCUGUUGGCCAAGGCGGAGGUCAUGUCGGUGGAUGUGCAGCAUCUGGAGCAGCGCGAGGCGCACAUCAACGCUCUGACCGACAUCCGGAAGAAGUGGCACAUUGCGCCGGCCUUUAGCGUAGAGUUCACCGCCUACUACAUGGAUCGCAUAGUGCGUAUGGAGGACUUCCGAGAGCAGCAGCGCCAGCUCAUCUCGCACAACGCCAUCCUGUCCAAGGAUCAGGAUGUAUUAAGAGCUCAGUAUGACAGUGCUUUGGAAGAGCGCAAGGCUGUCAAGUCCACAAAAGAUACUCUAUUGGCCAGCAUUAAGUCUCUGCACACUGCUCUGGCACAAAUAAUACCCAACAUUGGUCUUCCCACCGUGGAGAUGAUAGCACAUCCGCUGCCAGAGUCACAUCCGGCCAAGACGAGCACACCCACUCCACCCCAGCGGCCCAUCUCUGUGCCGACGGCAGCUGCUCUCAAGAUGGGCGUGGGGUUUCCGCUUGGGCAUCUAGGCCCGCCAGGCAGCAAGCUGGACGCGUCCCGCAUGCUCAGCACCCAUGCUAAUAAGCACGGCAAGCAGGGAACUGGAAGCGUGGACGCCGCCCAUUCAACGGCCUGCGGGAUUUGUAAGCGAAGCAAGGAUCAGCAUUUGCUGGUCAAGUGCGACACCUGUAACCUGCACUAUCAUCUGGGCUGCCUGAACCCGCCGCUAACGCGUCCCCCGAAGAAGUCCAAGCAAUAUGGCUGGCAGUGCUCCGAGUGCUGCGACAAAUCGGACGGUUCUGAUGUUGUUACUGAAAUCUCGACCGGGCCAAGGAAAUCGCGUACGCGCUUCAACAAAGACGGCCACUUGGUGUAUGUAGAUCGGUAUUCCCUGGACGAUGUGCCGUUGCCUCUGGCCACCGCUCCACUGACAACUUCAAAGGAGGCAGCAGUGGCCAAGCGGCCGCUAAACAAAUCAUUGCCGCCGGCAACUACUUCCGAGACGGUCAUUGAGGACCUGGCCAAGUCACCGAAGCGUCCCAGAAUCCAAUCGCCCCGUAAAACACCCAUUAAUGUUCCCGCUGCUAAUGCCACGGCAGAUACUGCUGCUCCUGCACCUAUUGUAGCGCCCAUAAACCUUUCUGGCUGUGAGGACUCCAUUGACGACUCCAGCGGCAAGCUGUCCCGGAAGGGCAAGCGCAAGGACAAGCACAAGAAUAAGCAUAAUCUGUCGUCGGAUACCGAGAAGUCCAUGGGCAAGGAGCACAAGCGGAAGCGGAAAAAGCGUGCCCACCUCGACGAAUCGUCGUCUCACCUGGACAUUGCGGCCAACUCCUCGGGCAGCACAAUCAAGAUCAUCUUCAAGGCCCUCCGACUGCCCGGCGAGGAUGCGCCCGAGUCGCAGUACUUCUACGUGCCGGCCAAUGCGGUCCGAUCCGUGGACGAGGCUUCGCGUCCCACCUCCGUGGAAACGGUCGAGGAUAGUGUCCAGGGUGCGGAACAGGCUCUGACGCCGGUGGUGCUGCCGCCUAAGGUGCGGGAGCCCAAGGAGGCUGUCAUACCCAUCACUCCAUCACCAUCGCCCAAGCGCAAGGUUAGUCCGCGAAAGCAGAGCCCCCGAAAGCCACGUGUGGGUCGGCCAAGGGCGUCCAACACCAAACCGAAUGUGGAGAUUAACUGCUGCGUCUGCAGCCAGACGGGCAAGUCCAAUCAGGUGGUAACCUGCGACGAAUGCCAUAGGCACUACCACUUUGCCUGCCUCGAACCGCCGCUGAAGAAGUCGCCCAAGAUACGUGGCUACUCCUGGCACUGUGCCGACUGCGAUCCCACUGACGAGGAUGCACUGCCCAAGAAAAAGUAACUAAGAAUAUUUAUUAACUAUCUUUAGUUUUUUUAAGCCCGGACACAAAAUAUCUAAUAUAGUUUGCGAUAUUUGCAAAAAAUUUCGAAUUAUACAUAAUGCCAAGAUAAUUUAUACA